AUGGCUGACACCCCGAGCGCAAAGCGUCAAAGGUCCUCCAAGGACGUUCCCUAUGAGCUCAUCUAUUGGCCCGGCCUUCCCGGACGAGGCGAGCAUAUUCGGCUUCUCCUCGAGGAGGCGGGUGCUGAAUACAUCGACACCGCGCACAUCGAAGACGGCAUCAAGACCGUGCUGGCCCAGAUCGACGACAAGAAUCUUGGCGACGAGCUCAACCCGCCGCCGCUAGCACCGCCGAUCCUGAAGCACGGUGAUCUUCUCAUCAGUCAGACACCAAACAUCCUACUGUACCUCGGUCCUCGAUUGGGUCUGGCACCCAAGAUUACCGAAGAUGAUGACGGUAUCUACCGCGUUAAUGCGCUGGCGCUGACGGCCCUGGAUGGAUUGAGCAAUGAGGCCCACGACACACACCACCCUAUCGCGACGGGGUUAUACUAUGAGGACCAGAAGGAGGAGAGCAAGCGCCGGGCGAAGGAUUACAUCGCAAAUCGACUACCCAAAUUCUUCGGCUACUUUGAGCGGGUUUUGAAGAGCAAGGCCAGUGGCGAGGGACCUUGGCUCUAUGGAGAGUCAUUGACGUACGCAGACUUAGUGGUAUUCCAGUGCAUCGACGGCGUCAAGUUUGCCUUCCCCCAUGCUCUCCAGCGCCUUGAGGGAAGCGGCAAUUACAAGGCUCUCUUCGAGCUCUACGACGCGGUCAAGGAGCGUCCCAAGAUCAAAGACUACCUCGCCAGCGAUCGUAGACAGAAGUACUCUGAGGGAAUCUACCGCCAUUACCCUGAGUUGGACGAGGAGUAA